AUGGCAGAGUCGCCUGUUGGCUCUCUCUCUCCCGACAAAUACCGGUCACAGUACCUCUCUCACGACGACUACAUAGAAUUGCGAAAUUCCCAGGACGAGCAUCUGAAUGCGGAGCUCGCUUCCAUCCGAUGCUCCAUCGACAACGUCAAGCGGGAGUUGAAAGCCGACAUUAAGGAGCUUAGAGACAACACACAACGUCUCGAAGACCAGACCCAACGUCUAGAGGCCGAGGUUCGCCAGUCCCAAGCCUACAUGCGCAAUAAGGGAUUGAAGAAUCCAACCCUCCCCAUCAGACCUGUUGUC